AUGGUCGAAAUAAAGGAUCUCGCAGAAUUCCACACUGCAGACGAUCUUCUGCUCGCCGUCCUGGAACUGAUCGACGAGGAUUUGCCGGCAGAAUGUCACCCAAAAAUGCGGAAAGCGUACAGUGGUACACAGACCGCAACAAUGAUGGUGAACCCGAAUCUGGCGAACAAGCUGCUGCAGGCGGGCAAAAUACGAGUAGGCAUGUGCAUAUGCCGAGUACGCCUGAAGACUGAGCCGAGACGGUGCUACAAGUGUCUGGACUUUGGGCACACAGCAGCUCGGUGCAGAAGCAAGCACGACGCAUCCAAGCUAUGCUUCAACUGCGGUAGCAAGGAUCACGCUUCAAAGCAAUGUGACCAGAAGGCAGCGUGCAUACUUUGCACACGACAUAAGCGGAGCAAUACGGCGCAUAGCACGCUCAGCAGAGCUUGUCCGUUGUUUGUACAGGCUGGCUGUAACAGGAAGGAUUAA